AUGAGCAACGAAAUCUCGUGCAAGGGAAGCCCAACAUCUAGCGCUAGUGUCCGCGCAAGCCUCGUGACGGACGAGAGCCACUUCAGUCUGGCGAGCCUAAACUCGUCCGUCAGUCAGGAUGAGUUCUUCCGGUGUCGCGAUCACUCCGAUCUGGUGCUGAAACGAAUGCAAGACUACCUCCAGAGUGAGAAGCUUUGUGAUGUGGUGCUGAUCGCUGGUGUCGACGGUCGACGAAUACCAGCCCAUCGUCUGGUGCUCUCAGCUUCAUCUGCAUACUUCAGCGCAAUGUUUACCGGGCAGCUGCGAGAAAGCCAGCAGGAAGAAAUCACGCUGCAGGAAGUGUCCGGUGACGCGCUGAACUCACUCAUCCAGUACUGCUACACCGGAGCGAUCGAGAUCCGGGAGGACACAGUUGAAACGUUGCUGGCCACGGCGUGCCUUUUGCAGCUCAGUACGAUCGUCGGUGCGUGCUGUAACUUUCUCGCUCGUCAAUUACAUCCGUCCAACUGUCUGGGGUUUUCGCUGUUUGCCGAACAGCAAGGCUGCACCGCCCUGCUCAAGUUGGCCACCGCGUACACCUGUCAGCACUUCCAGCAGGUAUGGAAGAACCAGGAAUUCUUCAUGCUCGACGCGGCCCAGCUGGCCAACCUGCUGCGGAGUGACGAUCUGAAUGUCCCGAACGAGCAGGAGGUAUUUCAUGCGCUGAUGGCAUGGAUACAGUACGAUGCUGAGGGCCGCAAGCGUCACAUUCCGGAACUGUUGGCAUUGAUAAAGUUGCCACUACUGCAACCUUCGUUCAUAGUGGAUCACGUGGAAGCUCUCUGCGGUGGAGCGAACGAGUGUCAACAGCUCGUGAUGGAAGCGUUCAAGUGGCAUCUAAUUCCCGGGCGCCGGUCACUAAUCGCCACAUCUCGCACCCGGCCACGAAAGUCUACCAUGGGCCGUCUGUUGGCGGUCGGCGGCAUGGACGGUCAUAAAGGUGCGAUCAGUAUCGAGAGUUACGAUCCGCGGUUGGAUAAGUGGACGCUGCUGAAGAACAUGCCAACGCGCCGUCUACAGUUCGGGGUGGCUGUGCUGGACGAUAAGCUGAUCAUUGUCGGCGGUCGGGAUGGUUUGAAGACGCUCAACACGGUCGAUAGUUUCGAUUUGAACACGAUGUGUUGGAGUACGCUGGUGCCGCCGAUGGGUACGCCUCGGCAUGGACUCGGGGUAGCCUUCCUGGAAGGUCCACUGUACGCGGUCGGUGGCCAUGAUGGAUGGAGCUAUCUGAACACGGUGGAACGUUGGGAUCCCUCGGCACGCACCUGGAGCUACGUUGCGCCUAUGUCUGCCAUGCGAUCGACAGCUGGUGUGGCCGUCCUCGGUGGACGGUUGUACGUGAUUGGUGGUCGUGAUGGUAGCGUGUGUCAUCGAACGGUCGAGUGUUACGAUCCGCACACCAACAAGUGGACAUUGCGUUCGCCGAUGAACCAACGGCGUGGUUGUGUGGGCGUUGGAGUUCUGAACGGGUUCUUGUACGCGCUUGGUGGUCACGAUUGUCCGCCAAGCAAUCCGGCCGUAUGCCGAACGGACACUGUCGAACGUUACGAUCCGACAACCGAUACAUGGACAUUGAUUGCAUCGCUUAGCGUGGGCAGAGAUGCGAUCGGUGUGAGUGUGCUAGGCGAUUUUCUGGUCGCACUCGGCGGGUACGAUGGCAUCCAGUACCUGAAGAUCGUCGAGCAGUACGAUGCGGAAACGAACGAAUGGACAUCGAUCGCACCGGUCAACUAUAGCCGGGCCGGUGCAUGUGUCGUUGCGAUUCCGAACAGCUUCUCAAAUGCGGCAUCCACAACCGGUGGCGUUGGACUUCCGUCAGCCAGUGCAAAUCCUUCCUCUCCGAACAACGCCAUCGCUUCGUCCUCUUCAUCUUCAGCAGUGAAUGUUCCGGUUGCCAACAAUAGCACCACGGGAUGGCGUGGAAGUACCAGUGCCAGCAAUUAUUAUUAUCGCAGACAUUUCCGCAUUUGUGAUUAUUAUGUGUAG